GUGUCUUGAAGACAGGAAAGAUAGUUUUUUCCUCUCAGUUACAGCCAGAAGCUGCAGAUUCUCUUUCUGCUACUGGAGUCGGAUAUCUUCACAGAUCCACAUUGAGUCCCAAACUAACCAAUCAGAGAGAAGCUACCGUGCCUACGACGUAGCCAAUCAGGAACCAGGCUUUUCCCCAUCCCUCAUUAGCAUUGAUGACGCCGACAGUCUAUAAAGAGCGAGCUCCGAGCUCGCUUUCCCUUAUUCUGUAUCUGAGAGUGAGCGGCGCUAUGGCUGAGGAAAAGAAGGGUCAAGUUGCCAAGAAGGGCGCGAAGAAAGCGGUGAAGAGGGCGCCAGCGAAGGGCGGCAAGAAGAGGAGGCGGUCCAGGAAAGAAAGUUACGCCAUCUACAUCUACAAAGUGAUGAAGCAGGUUCACCCCGACACCGGCAUCUCCUCCAAGGCCAUGAACAUCAUGAACUCGUUCGUCAAAGAUAUUUUCGAGCGCAUCGCGGGGGAGGCUUCCCGCCUGGCCCAUUACAACAAGCGCAGCACCAUCAGCUCCCGGGAGAUCCAGACCGCCGUGCGGCUGCUGCUGCCCGGGGAGCUGGCCAAGCACGCCGUGUCGGAGGGCACAAAGGCGGUGACCAAGUACACCAGCUCCAAGUGAGGGACCGCAUUGUACUGAAACAAACA